AAUAUCUGUCUCAUUGUUCUAUCUGCAGCUUAGCGAUUUCGACGCAUACAUCGGUGCUCCGGUAUCAAACGUAACAUAACUACGUAUUACUUCUGUCUAGCUAGUAGUGUAAUCGUGUGUGCGAGACUGGUGUUUUGGUGUUCGUAUCUUCUCAUUUCGACAGAAACGUGCAAUCGGGGUGGAGAGAAUGUCAAGGCCACGAUCGCCACAUUAUUCUCACAGAGGCAGUCCACGGAGGCAAGAUGCCCGGAGGUUCCCCUGGGACGACCCAGACUUCGACCCCCAGCAGGUUCUGGCUGACCUGGGCAGGCUGCCCUGGGAAGAGAACCGCAACCCUGGAGAGUCUCACGAGGACCAGUGGGUCCGCUUCAUGGACGAGAUCCACCCAGAUGGCCACAGAAGACCUAUGCCUAGAGGGAGCCUUCGGCCAAAGGGCCACAGAAGACCUAUUUCCCCACGUCUCCACGGGCCUGACCAACACCUCCCCCCAGAGGACUUCCACCAUUGCAGGACCCAACCGCCCCCCCACGAGCUGGGCUACGCCGAGCGCAGGAGGCUCUCCCCCCAUGAUGGAGGAGGGGGUGGCAGAGGAAGAGUGAAAGAAGAAUUCCAAAGAUGUGAAGUAAAGCUGCCCCCCUCCCCGCAGAGGCUACCCAGAGAGAGGCUGCCAUCACUGGCCCCGCAGCACACUCACUACAGUCCUAGCCACCACCAGAGAGCGCCCUCUGCAGGUUGGAGGAGAGAAGAGGGGGACCAGAGCCAGGGGAGGUCCAGGGACCGCAGCCCCAGGGAGAGGGUUCAGGGCGGGGGGAAGUGGGAGAGGAGGGGUGAGGGUGGAGAUUCUCCCGGUUCCUAUAGAGACAGGAAGAGAGACGACAUGCAAAGAGAGUGGAGCACCAUCUCUGACCGGAACCGGAGGGAAACUGUUGAACCGGUGAAUCCUGGGUACGGGAGGGAGACAGAGUUUAGGGAGCGCCGCCCCUCGUUGGAGAGGCCCCGGGAAGGGUACGGAGGAGGGAGGCCACUGGGGCGCAGUGGCCCCCUAGGGGGCCACAAUGGCCGGGGGCCUAAAGCCCUCAUCGUGGAGCAUGAACAUGGUAUUAUGAACAGCGGCGGGCCAGAACCGUACCACAACCACAGGGGCCCCGACCGCAACCGGAGCCACAGCCACGACCGAUUCAGUCAUCAUCACAACCGGGUCCGAGCCUCUGAGGAGCGGUUCAGGAAGUCAGGCAGCAGGUCCAAUACUAGAGAGGAUGCCAGGCGCCAGCCUGCACAUGAGAGGAGGGGGCCUAUACGGGAGUCCAAAAGGGGCCCUGUCCAUGAAGAUAGGAGGGGGCCUAUACAUGAGUCCAAAAGGGGCCCUGUCCAUGAAGAUAGGAGGGGGCCUAUACAUGAGUCCAAAAGGGGCCCUGUCCAUGAAGAUAGGAGGGGGCCUAUACAUGAGUCCAAAAGGGGCCCUGUCCAUGAAGAUAGGAGGGGGCCUAUACAUGAGUCCAAAAGAAGCCCUAACCGUCAGGGGAGAGCCAGGCCUAUAGGCUUCCAGGAUAGAGGUAGUCCCACGGAUCCCAAGGCCAGAAACAGUACAUUCUGUGGGGCAAGGGAGGCCCCAGCCCGGGGUGGCAAGAGACAGAUGGGGCCCUCCAGGAACCAACCCCAGCCUCUCCUCCAGGGACAGCAGGGGUACCAACAACGGGGUGCCAACUCCCAGCACUCCCCUCCGGAGCACCAGAGGUACCAACCCAGGGGAGAUGACUGGGACAUGGAGCCCAGAGAGGAGGAGCCCGGUUGGGCAGAAGAGAGCGACAUGGAGCCCCGUUGGGAGCAGGACCGGGGACAAGGGCCACGAGGAGGCUGGCCACCGGCACGGUGCAGGAUGGGACCCAGGAAACCUCAGCUUAGAGAUCUCAACCCCAACUGGAACCAGCAGCAGAACGACAUGGCAAUGCCUCGCAUAGGCGCCGGCAAGGAGGAGACACUCACCAUCAAAGUGGACAUGAAGCGCACAAUGGGCCAGAACAGCCAGCUGUGCUACUCUUCAGACCGCCAGCUGUCGUUGGAUCUGGUCAAUGUGGGCCGCCAGCGCCUCGACUUCCUACCCAUGCUAGAGCAUUCUGGGACUUACCGGGAGUCCACAAUGCACUCUGGGACUUUUGCCCAGGAGAUCAUCACCCUGGUGCACCAGGUCAAAGAACAUUACUUUAGGGGUGAUAGUGUAAAGCUGACCGAGCGUUUCUGUGGCGCCCAAGAUGGUCUGCCUGAGGAGGAGCAGGAGGAAGAGAGGCCUACUCUGAAUAGGCGGUUCAACAUGAGUCUGUCAGAGCCUGACAUGGAACCUCUCUUCUCCAAAGUUGGCCGCAUGCAGAAGCAGCAGCAGGCGGUGAGUGACCCAGGAGACCUGAGACAUGACCUGGAGAGGAGGAGACAGGAGCGGCUGGAAGGGGUGAAGAUCACCAUCCCUGGAGGCAGGCUCUCACAGCGCCCCCUGGUCGCUGGGAGUGACCUUCAUGAGGAGUAUGGUAGUGGGGAAGAGGAGGUUCAGGAGGAAGAGGAUGGCUUCUCUUCAGGCUGGCCAGGCCUACCACAGAGAGGAGGGAGGUGGCCUGGAGAAAUGAGGAGAGGAGGCAUAAUUAGACAAAACAUGGGCGGCCAGCGGCGGAACAACCGGUCUCCUAAUCUCCCCGGCAACCAUCUGGGACCAAUAAGGCAACAGAACCGCAAUAUUAACGGUGCCAACUGGUGAAUGGACUCUUGGAUGUAGCCUGGAGUUAUGUGAGGUUAGCCGUUGAGCUCAGAGGAGUGACCAGGCCAACUGUAUAUACAAACGUAUGUGGACACCCCUUCAAAUUAGUAGAUUCAGCUAUUUCAGCCACACCUGUAGCUGACGGGUGAAUAAAGUCGAGCACGCAGCCAUGCAAUCUCCAUAGACAAACAAUGGUAGUAGAAUUACCUUAUUGAGGAGCUCAGUGACUUUCAAUAUGGCACUGUCAUAGAAUGCCACAUUUUCCAACAAGUCAGUUUGUCAAAUUUCUGCCCUGCUAGAGCUGCCCCGGUCAAGUAAGUGCUGUUAUUAUGAAGUGAAAACGUCUUGGCGCAACAACGGCUCAGCCGUGAAGUGGUAGGCCACACAAGCUCACAGAACCGUCUGUCCUCAGUUGUAACACUCAUUACAGAGUUCCAAACUGCCUCUGGACGCAAUGUCAGCACGAGAACUGUUUGUCGGGAGCUUCAUGAAAUGGGUUUCCGUGGUCAAGCAGCUGCACACAAGCCUAAGAUCACCAUGUGCAAUGCCAAGCGUCGGCUGGAGAGGUGUAAUGCUCUCCGCCAUUGGACUCUGGAGCAGUGGAAAUGCGUUCUCUGGAGUGAUGAAUCAUGCUUCAUCAUCUGGCAGCCCUACGGAGGAAUCUGGGUUUGGAGGAUGCCAGGAGAACCCUACCUGGCCAAAUGCCUACUGCCAAAUGUAAACUUUGGAAGAGGAAUAAUGGUCAGGGGCUGUUUUUCAUGGUUCAGGCGAGGCUCCUUAGUUCUUAACGCUACUGCAUGCAAUGACAUUCUAUAUGAUUCUGUGCUUCCAACUUUGUGGCAACAGUUUGGGGAAGGCCCUUCCCUAUUUCAGCAUGAUGAUGCCCCUGUGCACAAAGCAAGGUCCAUACAGAUAUGCUUUGUCGAUCGGUGUGGAAGAACUUGACUGGCCUGCACAGAGCCCUGACCUCAACCCCAUCGAACACCUUUGGGAUGAAUUAGAACAUGCCUAAUCGCCCAAUAUCAGUGCCCAACCUCACUAAUGCUCCUGUGGCUAAAUGGAAGCAAGUCCCCACAGCAACAUCUAGUGGAAAGCCUUCCCAGAAGAAUGGAGGCUGUUAUAGCAGCAAAGGGAGGACCAACUCUAUAUUAAUGCCCAUGAUUUUGUAAUGAGAUGUUCGAUGAGCAGGUGUCCACAUACUUUUGGUCAUGUGAAAAGUAUGUGGAGUAUAUUAUAACACACGUAGACAGCCUGACCUUAGAACCGGCAUCUCUUAUUUUCUGCUGCUUGAUUACCUGGCACCUUUUCCAUUAUCUGACCUACACCUGUACUGACACUGGCCAACAGAACAUGUAAAGUCUCCUGACAAAGUAGUGUUGUGGGGAAGUGAUGUCAUAAUGCAGGGGGGGAGGACCCUGAGCCAGAAGGGGAACAUCCUGUUAGUGAGGAGCCACCAAAUUCAUUCAUUGGUCCUUUCAUUCAUAAAGUAUAUUCUGAGUAAGUGAACGCUGCUUUUUGUUGGCUGUAUGCAUUGCUUACAGAAGGGGGGAAAAAAUCAAAUAGAUUACUUCAAAAACCAUGUUGGCAAGCGUGUUAGUGUAAGGUAGUAAAAGUCCCUCUUGAGCGUAGUAGUAAAAAUGCAUCUUACAUGACUACAGACAAUUUGGUCAUUACCUGUAUUAAUACUAGGUAUUCCCCACUGCUCUCACCUGUACACCUGUGUGUGAGCGCCUAAGGUCAGGUACUGAGGUGAUCCUUGCUGAUAUUUAACAGGUGCCUACUUCCACCGAGGCCAAAUUUUUAGGUAGUUACAGAUAGGUCAGACUGCUAUUCUAUGGUCAGUGGAGACUGACCGUGGAUUGAUGCCCCGCUGGACUAACCAGAGCUGACUGGGGAAGAGGAUGCCCAGCUCUACAGGUGGAUAUCAAGUUGGGAUAGUGCUUAGCAGAAACACAGGCAGGCCUUAACCUUUAACCCCACAAGAGCAAGCAGGGGUGAUAUGGGAUCUGGCAGAGAAUCCAGUCAGACGAUCACAGUGAAACGCACACAGCAUUUAUUUCAAAUGUAGGUAGAAAUACAAAGUCCAUAAAAAAUGUCUUUACACCACAGUACCAUAGACUUUUACACAAUAAAAACAUCUUGACUUUUUAAUCAA